AUGGCCAGAGGCGACCACAUCUCACUGCUACCUGCUUACAAGCAGAAACUGAAACGGGACAGACCGGUGACACGGACUAUACAGCGCUGGAAUGAGCUGAACAGUUUUUUUGCACGAUUCAAGAGCAGCCAGGCUGUGGAGGCACAGAAGGAUCAGGAGCCCUGCCCUUUUGUUUUAAACAGGGCAGAUGUGUGCAAAUCCUUCGAAAGGGUUAACCCACACAAGGCUCCUGGACCUGAUGGCCUCCCUGGCCGUGUUCUCAGGCCCUCUCCUCUACUCCCUGUUCACACACACGACUACGUGGCCACGCACAGCUCCAACACCAUCGUGAAGUUUGCUGACGACACGACCGCCAUCGGCCAGAUCACCGAUGGCGACGAGACAGCGUACAGAGAGAGGGUCUCUCAGUAUUUUCCUGCACACCAACAGAGUGUGCUCAAGCUGUGCAUUUGUAUAUGUUUCAGUCCACUGGAGGAGGACAUUGAUGCUGAAAUCGAGGAGGAGGAGGUAUCUGAGGAUGAUGUGGAUCCUCAUUUUAGAGAGGUCUUCAAGCAGAUUGCUGGCGAUGAUAUGGAGGUAUCUGUCUUUGAACUGGUUAAAAUGUUGAACAACAUUGUCUCUCACCGGUCUGACAUCAAGACAGAUGGCUUCAGCGUUGAGACUGGUCGCCUUAUCGUCAGUCUGCUGGAUAAAGAUGAAAGUGCCAAGCUGGGACUGAUGGAAUUCCACUUGCUUUGGGGAAAAAUCCAAAAAUACCUGGAGAUCUUCAAGAAUCAUGACACAGACAAUUCGGGCACCAUGAGCUCCCACGAGAUGAGAGGCGCUGCCACUCAAGCAGGUUUCCACAUCAACAGUGCUGUGCUGCAGUCCAUUGUCAGUCGUUACGCGGAUGCUCAGUAUGCCAUAGACUUUGACAGCUUUGUAGGCUGUCUCAUUAAACUGGAAAUGCUCUUCAAAAUGUUUAAGUCUCUGGAGAGAGCUGACGCAGGAAAUAUCGAGCUGGACAUGCAACAGUGGCUGUGCCUGGCGAUCUACUAAAAAACUGAAGAGGAGUCCAGGGAUGAUACUUUUGAGAUAUAUGCUGAAAGAAAAAUGAAUUAAUUUCAUUCAAAGAUACUCUUUCCAAUAAUAAAAAACCCAUGGACUUUCCCAAUAUGUUCCAAAUGCAUGCACAUUGCUCAAAUGGAUUUGUCAAAUUAAAUGAUAUUUGCUGAUUACAAACAUGGAGAUAUAUGUAUGGAGUAUCCCUCACACACAAUAUACCCUUUUUUAAUCCGUUUUUGUGGUAUUUUUGCUCUUUUAACUUUUGCAAAACUUGAUAGAAAAUCAAGAAAGAAAAAACAAGGAAUGUUUUCCUCUGGUGUAGUUCCGUCUAAUCCAAUUCGAUUCACAGGUAAGCUUGACUCGGACAAAAUACGUCUCAGGAAGGUUUGUUUGACUCUUUACUUAAAACAAAAGGUAUCAAAAUACAAACACAUAUUUUCACAGUUCAAAAAACUAUGUUGCUCUGUGCUUCUUUCUCCUUCUCACACACAAUCACCAGCAGCUGCCGUCAGCUAUAACGUCUCGUAAUCACAAAACAGCUGCGGUCGUCUAUGCCGUCAAUUCCACGGCUGGUUCAAAUAAAUGAUAUGAUAACACUAUCAACAAAGGAUUAUAAUAUACAAAUAUAUCAAACUAUACAUUUUAACAUAUGGCUCCUACAUCUGGACUAUCUGUGUUUGUUUUAUAUAAUAAUGUGCACACCAGACAGAUCAAAUGGUUUAAAUAGUUUGAGAUAUUA